CGUAAGUCGACCUACAACUGACAGUUAAAAACAAAACCUCAAAUUAUAAACAAGAGUAAAGAAUUUUGAAUUUUAUGGAUCGAUUUGAAUUGAUUCCAACGAAAUGAGCCUACCAACGGAUUUCGGUCCAGAUUCCGGGGGCCGAAUGAAAGGUCUCUGUAUAAUCAAACCAAUUGUAUACGGUAAUAUAGCCCGAUAUUUUGGCAAAAAACGAGAGGAGGACGGACACACUCAUCAAUGGACAGUAUACGUGAAGCCCUAUAACAACGAAGACAUGUCUGGAUACGUAAAAAAGGUCCAUUUCAAACUACACGAAAGCUAUGCGAACCAAAACAGAAUUGUAGUGAAACCACCUUAUGAAAUCAGCGAAACGGGAUGGGGCGAGUUUGAAAUCGUCAUCAAAAUCCACUUUCAUGAUCCUAACGAGAGGCCAGUCACGUUAUACCACAUAUUAAAAUUAUUCCAUUCUGGCAACACUCAAGAUGUCACUAUGGAACUAGGAAAAGGCUUAGUGUCUGAAAGCUAUGAUGAGAUCGUUUUUCAAGACCCCACUCAGCUUAUGCACCACUUAUUGACCAACACAAAACAACUCACAUUGGCCAGGUGGGAGCAUAAUACAGACUUUGAAGCUAAAAAGGAGAAGACUCUAAAAGCAAUACUUGAGGCUAAGGCUAAGACGAGAGCAGAGAUUUCUAUGUUGAAGAAUAAACUAAAGUUGGCUAAGGAGACAAUAUCUAAUUUUAAGGAAGAAAUUGCAAAGUCACAGGAUAACCAAUUCCUUGUAUGAUUUUUUUAUGUAAUAAACCAUUUUUAUUCAAUUUCUAA